GCUAACGUCUAUUAGCGCCGAUUGAGCGCGAUCACGGGAGACACCUGUGACCGCGGCGAGGUGCGUGCAAACGUGGAAGGGAUAACAUGGCUACCGCCUGGUGACGUUCCGCCACGGCCGUCGUGGGUAUCAGAUGCUCCGGACAACAUCUGGUCGACGUUCAGCGAACGUGCCGCCUCGAUAGCGAUCCCCGUCGAGAGAGUGCCGCGGCGUCGAGGGUGACGAUCGUACGCGAGAGAGAGAGAGAGAGAGGCGUCGCGCAGCUCGUCAUCAUGAUGAACAUGUGGAAAGUGCGGGAGCUGAUGGACAAGGCGACCAACGUCGUGAUGAAUUAUACGGAAACAGAGGCCAAAGUUCGGGAGGCAACUAACGACGACGCGUGGGGUCCCACAGGGGCAAUGAUGCAAGAACUGGCUCAGGCCACGUUCACGUACGAGCAAUUUCCCGAGGUGAUGUCCAUGCUCUGGAAAAGGAUGUUGCAAGAGAAUAAACGAAAUUGGCGACGAACGUACAAGUCAUUACUCCUCCUUAAUUACUUAGUCCGUAAUGGCUCGGAACGGGUCGUCACAUCGUCACGCGAGCACAUCUACGACCUCAGGUCUUUAGAAAAUUACACCUGCAUUGACGAGUUCGGGAAGGAUCAAGGGAUAAACAUUAGACAUAAAGUUAGGGAAUUAAUCGACUUUAUCCAAGACGAUGAUAAACUUAGGGAGGAAAGGAAGAAGGCUAAGAAAAAUAAAGAUAAAUAUGUUGGCUUAUCGAGCGAGGCGAUGGGAAUGAGAUUCGGCGGUGACAGAUGGAUGGACAAUCCAAAAUGGAACAAAUCUGGCGCGGAGACGUAUAACGACUGGGACAGUCACAGCCGCGGAAAGGGAUUUGAGGACGCAAAUAACAGCGACGACGGCGAGAGAGAAGACUCGGACAAUGAUACUAGCCCAAAGAAAAGUGGAAGAGAGUAUAGAGAUACAUUGGACAAUAUAAAUCAAAUCGGUAAAUCUGCUCAAACAUCAGUAUCUUCUACGAAUGCAUCCCCGGCACGGACAACGAGAACUAUUAAAAAAGUAGAUCUUGGAGCAGCAGCGAAUUAUGGAAAAGAGCAAUCUAAUAAUAGUGCACCCGCGCAACAAAGUAAUAAUGUAUCAUCGCCGAAAAAUCAACAGAAGACCAAAAACGAUAUAUUAAACGACAUUUUUGAAUCGCAAAGUGAUAACAGUAGACUAGACGAUGACGAUUUCAAUCCACGAGCGAGCACUCAGUCAUUCGCUCAGCAAAAUGCAAACGCAGAUUUUGGCGAUUUUACUAGCGCGUUUAAUAAUCCCGCGGCGGUCAAGACGAAAGACGGCAAUGAUGAGUUCGCUGAUUUCACAUCGGCCUUUAAUAACGUUGCUAUAUCUAAUCCGCCAAGCCAGCCGCAAUCGCAGAUCAAUCUGAUGGGUGUAACAAUACCAACCGUGAAUAACCCGGUAGCGAAUAAUGUGAAUAAUAGUAAUGCAAUGUACGCCAAUACGAUGCAAACGGCCGGCACAACGGCAUUUACGGGAACUCCCGUUGUUCAAAAGACGUCUAACGAUCUAUUUGAUUCUUUAUCACCGCAAGAUCUCAAUAAUCAAAUCACGAAUAACAAUACAGUGACAUCAAAUACAGAUCUCUUGUCGGACUUGGACGGUUUGAAUGCCCCAGCCAUGAGGUUACCUGACGGGCGAAUAAACAGCACUAAUAAUUCGAACAUUUUCAUGGGAAUGAACAACGCACCUACCAAUGCCGUUAAUUACACAGCCUGUAAAUACGAAGAGAGCGUCGCGUCGAUUGAGAAUCUCUCCAAUGAUGCCGCCAAUCGAUUAUUGGAAGUAUUGUGCACGAUGUGCGAUAUUAAAAGUAGCGCUGAUUUGGAGAGAAUAAGAUCGUCCGUUUCGGACUACGUCAGAUUUUUACCGGGGCCUGUUACCCCUCAGAAAUACACUGGUCUCGAUUUCGAUGCGAAAGUGGACGCCAUACUGUACGGAAGAAUUUUGGAGGAGGUAAUCGGUAAAUUUGAUCGUGAUUGGCCGCUAAAUGAGGACGGCCUGGAUCCGCCGAUCGAGAGGUUGAUAAUCGUCGACGGCGCCACGAUCUCGAUGCUAUCGGAAGCUUUAAGGGCUCUAACCACUGCUUUAAAUGAGUCCAAGGACGAGAAGAAGACUCACGUUGUUUCAAUGCUAUUGAACAACCUAUUGAGGAGCGACGCUAUAUUUUCGGGAAUAUUGGACGCGUGUAGAGACGAGGCGCGAUCUCACAUGCAGGAGGAGGAACUCGAUCAGACUUGGCGAGGUGCAGUACAAAUUUUGAUCUCCCUGCCCAGUCGUGUGUCAAAUAAACUGCAGUUCGACACGCCUAAAUCUUACACGCCGCAAGUUUAUGUAAAAAUACUUUGUUUUCACGUAUCCCGUGCGAUGUCGUUUAUCAACGAGCUAUACAGACGUGACAUCAAGCCAAGAACGUCCGCAAUCUCAUUUUUGAUCAGCAAGAUCGUAGUCAGCUUGAAGCCAUGCGAUUUUACGCGCUUCGCCGAUAUUUUGGAAGAGUGGUGUCUCGAUAAUGUAAAGAACGAGCGACGUUUAGUCGAAGAUAUAUUUCGCGGAUUGGAUUCGGCCGCCAUUGAAUACGUAGCUGUUUUACUCUUGAAGCGCUGCGAUUCUAAACUCGGCGUGCGUCCCAUUUUCGGAAAUUUAUUAGCGGAAUCGAAUUGGAGGUAUGUCUUAACAACUAAAAUUCCUCUAAUGCGUUACUACGAGGACGAAAAACUGCUCGUAAACUUGAUUUCUUACUUAUCAUCUUUUUCGAAUGAGAAUAAUAUUUUGCCAGAGUUGUUGAUCAAGCUUUUAGAAGUUUGGAGGGAUAAAAGUAUUUUGAAUCACGUGUCUGUGGAGCAGCACAAAUACAUUACGAAGCUGAUCGUUCUGUCUGUAAAAACUUGUAAGGAUCUUCUAAGUCAUACCGAGAGGGAUCAGUGCCAGAAACUGUUGCUCUCCGGGGUGUCUGUCCAUCUCGAGUGUACAAAUGUAACUUUGAGAGCGAUGGGCAUGAUGGUCGCCGAGAUUUGCAUAAAUUCUUUAUGUAACUCCGAUAACGCACCGAAAUUAAAGUUCGAGUACGACAGCAUGCCUGCGCAAUUGUUGGAGUUCCUUCAAUCCCUAAAGGAUCUAAACGCGCUUGCAACGACUGUAGGUUUGAAAGAACGGUACGAGCGAAGCGGCGAUUUAACAGUCGGAAAUAUUGUUUUCGAUUCUCCGAGCAGCAGAAAGAUCUACGAAUUGGGCGUUGACUGCGACAUUUUACUCGGCGUUGAGAAUCCGUCGAGCGAAAAAAUUGAAGAGAUUGCAGGCCCGUCGAAGGAGAACGCAGUGGGAGACAAUCAAACGAAGAGGGAUGAAACGGAACAACAGGCGAAGUCAAAUUGCGAUUCGGAUCUGGACAGCGACGAUGAUCUGGUCCCUUACGACAUGAACGACGCGAAACCGUCCAAUAAGGUACGCCCGACGUACCUGCGAGAUCUGCGCGAUAAUUUAACGGACGAGAGUAUCUCCGCCAAUCCCGACGUCUUCUCCGAAUCCUUGCUGGCCUGCGAGGAACUGAUAUUAACGCAGCUGCCGAACGACGAUGUAUCCUUCGCGGUAGAACUCUUGCAGCUGCUUGUCACGCUGAAGCAACAUUCCUACAUGGAGAAUUUUGAACUUGUGAUUUUCAAAUGUUGCGUAGCGAUUGUAACCGUGCGCCCGAAGGAGUGCGCUGAGUUUCUCUGUAAAGAGUUUUACGAGGACACGGGGAAAUACUCGUUGAGCCAACGCUUACUGUUCUUGGAUAUAUUAGCCGAGUCCGCCAAGCAAUUGUCAAAAAUUGACGUCGACGACACCGAUGGCGCCGUAGACACGGCGAUUAAGAAGAAACGCAUUCCGAGCCGUAUAUCACUCUUUAUCGAUACGGAAGAAAGUAAGAGACAGCAAGUGUGGUACGACGAGGACUUCGACAUUGAUCUAAAAGCGUCGGGCGAUCGGUCUGUAGAUUGGCAGGAAAUUGUCGAUAAAAGAAUCGUGUCGCGCACGCGACGAUUUGCGCACAAGUCCAAAUCUCCCAAGCUACGCAUUAAUCACUUUGGAAACGUGGCGUCGUCGUUCUUCUAUCCGCUCCUGCACGGCUUCGGCCGUCGUGAUGUCCUCAAGCUGAAUGGCUUGAAAGUUUAUCAGGAUCAGGAAAAUAUUUUACUGCUACGUUUCCUGAAAACGUUGUCCGCCGUGAUGUUGGCGGCGCAAAAUUGUCCGCUGGCGUCGAGGAUGGGCAAAGAAGUACUGGAGCUCAUGUGGAUAGUGAGGAAUCACGAUGAAGCGACAGUGAGAUUAGCUGUUACAGAGAAUAUCGGAUCUGUACUUAUCGCGGUGCCGAAGGACGCUAUUAUCGACGAAUUGUCCGAGCCUUUGAUGGAAAUGAGAGAAUGGCUUCUGUUGUCACAGAACGUCGUCAAUGGCGAACACGACGCGAAUUGUAGGGCCCUAAACGCGAGAGUGUUAUCCUUCAUCAAUUUGAUUAUAAGUUCCACUUUUAAUUAUGUGUAGAUUAAUACCGAGAGUCAAUCGGCUAUUACACAAUAUUGUUAGAAAAAACUUUUUUUAUUUUUACAGUAUUUAAUCAUUUAUAUGAAUAUUAUGUAUGUACGGAUUCCAUGCGGAAUGUAUUUUGCUUUUGGUUUUAGAGUUAAUUUUUUUUUUUGGUUUGCGAAAAUUACAAAUUACAAAAUGUGUGUAAUUUAAAUACAAGAGAAUUUUGUCAUCAGCGUAAUUUUGAAUUGAUACCCAUCUAAUUAUACAGUAUACGUAUAUUAUUAAUUGACAUUGAAAGCAUUUAAUUUUAUGGAUAUUUUAUUUUCCA